AUGGCCGUCAAUUCCCACCACCCUUUUCAGCGGGUUCAAUUCGUGGACAGGCAGCAUGCCGGCCAUCAGAACGUCAUUGUAGCGUCCGCCGGCUCAAAACUCUACUCCUACGCUGCCGAGACCGGGCAACGGCUUGCUAGUUGGCCACAGGAUGUAGACCACAAUGAUGCAGCGGCCCCUACAGCAAUGGACGUUGAGCCCAGCGUGGACGGUCAAGGCCCACCGGAGAAAAAGAGAAAGGUGUCUAUGGAUGGGGGAUCAGGAAAGCCCACAUCUGCAUCUUGGUCGAGCAUUCCUCUCCUCGUGACAUCCACUAACGGCAGAUAUGUGGUUGCGAUGACCGUAGAGGAUAAGUGCAUUCGCGUUUUUCGACUAGGGGAGGAUGGCUCUUUGGAGCAAUUAAGUGAAAGAGUUAUGCCAAAGAGGGGUUGUGCUCUUUCCCUGGCCAACAAUGACAGCAUCAUCCUGUGUGGUGAUAAAUUUGGGGACGUUUAUUCACUACCGCUUAUUCCCAAUGAAGCAUAUGUGGCGUCGAAAGCUACUUCGCGCCAAUCGAAGAAAUGCUGGCCCGCUGCCACUGCCCUGACGGUGCACACCAAGGGUAAUCUGGCAUCUCUGGAGCAACAGAAGCGGCAAUAUGAAGCCAAAAUUAAGAAAACUAGCGAAGAGAAACCGAGUCUCAACUUUGAACAUCAGCUGCUCAUCGGUCAUGUGUCGCUUCUCACAGACCUGGCUUUUGUCUCACUCCCAGUGGACUCUUCUACUAGCAAGAAGCGCACUUUCAUUCUGACUGCAGAUCGAGAUGAACAUAUCCGUGUUUCUCGAGGUCCCCCUCAAACACACGUGAUCGAGAACUACUGUCUGGGUCACACUUCGUUUGUCAGCUCACUCUGCGUGCCCACGUGGGCCCCAGAAUAUCUCAUCUCUGGUGGAGGUGACAACCACCUACUUGUCUGGAAGUGGGCCGAAAGCCGAGUGCUACAGAAGGUCCCGCUUGUGGACGAGGCGUCGGAGUCCACAGACAUCGCCGUUCGUGGUAUCUGGGCGACAUCGCUUGGCAAUACAGAAAAUCCUUCGGGGGCGUUGCGAUUGAUUCUGGUUGGAAUUGAGGGAUCUUCGAAGCUGCAAUGCUUUGCCCUGGAAUCCAACGGCACAUUAAAAGUACAGAAGCCUGUUAGCACAUCUGGUAAUGUUCUUGAUGUAACCAGCAAUGCACAGGAGAGUACUAUUUUUGUCUCCGUUGAUAAUGUCCGAGAGGCAGGAUCAACCCAAGAAUGGCGAUCCAGUCCGACCACGACUCUGAUUGAAGCAUACCGCGCGACGCCCGAGACGGACGAUUUGGUGUGGGAGUCAGUGGCAGAGUCGACAGUUGGCACCAUAAACGCCAGCGGUACUUCUGAAAUACCAGCGAGCAUCGACGCAAAGCAACGAAAGGAAAUGAAUGAUUCUCUAUAUGGUCUGGGGAAUAUGCGUAAGAGGUACAUGGGUGAGGACGAUUGA